GGCGAGCGCUCCGCACGCCGCCUCCACGGUGGCUGCCACCUCCUCGCCACCCUGCUCCUCCCUCGCGGCGGCGGAGUUCCUCCCGGGGCGAGCCGGCCGGCCAAGCCUUCCCAGCCGGGCACCGCCCGCCGCGCCGACGUGGCCGAGCGCACAGGUCGGCCGGGUCAGGUGGUUGGGUGACGCCCUGGGAAGGCGCUCCCCGCCGAGGGCGGGCGGCGCCACCGCGCCCGACGCCUCCGGGGGAGGGGACUUCGCGGGAGUCGCGGGCGGAGGCGAGGAGGAGCGCGGCGCGGCGGCGGAGCGGCGGGCGGGCGAGUGUGCGAUCCGAGCGGGACCGGCAGCGGGUGGCGGAGGCGCAGAGGACGCGAGGCGGCGGGCGGGAGACAUGGACCGAGGCGAGCAAGGUCUGCUGAGAACAGACCCAGUCCCUGAGGAAGGAGAAGAUGUUGCUGCCACGAUUGGGGCCACGGAGACCCUAUCAGAGGAGGAGCAAGAAGAGCUGAGAAGAGAACUUGCAAAGGUAGAAGAAGAAAUCCAGACUCUGUCUCAAGUGUUAGCAGCAAAAGAGAAGCAUCUAGCAGAGCUCAAACGGAAACUUGGGAUCAACUCACUGCAGGAACUAAAACAGAACAUUGCCAAAGGCUGGCAGGAUGUGACAGCAACAUCUGCAUACAAAAAGACAUCCGAAACCUUAUCUCAGGCUGGACAGAAGGCAUCAGCUGCUUUCUCAUCUGUUGGAUCCGUCAUCACCAAAAAGCUGGAAGAUGUAAAAUUGCAAGCCUUUUCACAUUCCUUUAGUAUCCGCUCCAUUCAACAUUCAAUUAGCAUGCCUGCUAUGAGAAACUCCCCAACUUUCAAAUCAUUUGAAGAAAAGGUUGAAAACUUAAAGUCUAAAGUAGGGGGAACCAAGCCAGCUGGCGGGGAUUUUGGAGAAGUCUUGAAUUCAACGGCAAAUGCCAGUGCCGGCGCCCCAGAGCCUCUUCCAGAACAGACGCAGGCGAACCCGUGAGGCCCUCACCUUUGUUCGGCUACCCACUGCCAGAUGCUGCAAGCAAGAUCCAAGCACGUCUUGUCAACAGUCGUCGCCGUGAAUUUCCACCAGAUGUGCUUUCACUUAGCUUUAUAUACUCAUUUGACCAAAUAGUUUGUGGGUUGAACAGAAUAAAACUAUCUUCACCUCUGAUUCCUGGGAAAUACCCUCUAAUGUGCAUUUAAGGGCCCUGAUUUAGGAAACACUAUUAUAAAACAACAACAACAACAACACAUGUAAUCCCUGGGGAUCCUCAUUAGAAUGAUCUAAGAAGCUUCAGGUUAUCAUACUUGCUUUCCUCCUUUACAAAAUUGCUGUGGAUCUGAGAUGCCACUUUGAUCUUUGUCUUCAAUACGAUUUUCUUGUCUCCUUCUUGAACCUCUGGGUAUUUGAUUGCUAACUAAAAUGUUCUUUAAAAUUUCCUGAAUCCUGGUUAUUACAAGUUUUGGCAUAAUUUUCUUUAGCUCCGAGGGAAGAACGACCAGCUACAGAAAAUGUUUCUUGAAUAAACAUUGUUCUGGUAGAAGGUAAUCUUGUAUCUUGUGUGUCUGAAGACAGCAGACUAAGUAUAAAUAAAUUAGCUUGACUUCCAGUUUGUUACAGUUUGGUAAGUGACGGUUCAGAGUCCUAGGUGACUUGAGAGUGGAACCCUCACAUUCUUGUCACCGUUUGUGAUAAUAACCCGUUCAGUGUAUUUGUUAUUAUGCCACUUUUCUCGACUUACUUGUCGUGAGACUAAAUUUCUAGUUUCAGAGUAGGUUGCAAAAUAACAUUUUGAUUCAGGUGUCUCCUAAUUACCAGUAGGUUGGAAUAGGAACACUCAUCACCUGUUCCAUUCAAAAGCCUGAACAUUGUUUAGAUCUCUGUAGCUGUAAAAAUGCUAAAAUCAAUCACGUUAGGGGGAACGUUGCUGUCUUCAUUUAAUUCAUUUAGCACCAUUUAAAAAUGAGCACACAAAGUUGUAUGACUAAUAUAACUUGAAAAGAUUUUAUACUAAGGGGUUGGUGGUAACUCCUGAGGAUUUAAUGCAUAAGUGAUACUGUAGACAUUGCCUCUCUACUUUGAAAAAAAUGGCAGGGCUGAAUGAACCAAAGCCUCUAGAAGUAUCUGCAUGGAGGCCAAGGUACUCUCUUCUAAUUAUUUACUUAUUUGUCACCAUGACCUUUCAUUAUUCUGUGUAUGGUUAUGGCCUAUAAUGUUGUAUUUGUUAUUUAUCAAGCUGUAAUUGUUUUAGUAUUGUUUAUGCCAAAUGUUAAUUGCCAAGCUUGGAGUGACCUGAGGCAUUUUUUUUUUUUAAGCAUGACUAUAUUUACUUCAGGAUAAAUUAUCUUAUGAAAACCAAAUUUGAAAAGCCACAAGUGUUGGUUGUUAUGAGUAACACGCUGCCAUUCUUGAUUGCUAGAGUUUUUGUUGUAGCAUUUUAGAUGCAACUGAAAAUAUGCUCUAUUAAAUGUGAAAAGCCUAAUAAAUUCUGUAUAUGAGUCUUAUAGGUCUCAAUAUUUAUUGUGAGACCAGUGAUCUGGAAACAGCUUGUAUUAAAUAAUCAACUGGUGUCUAUGCAAAAAAAAAAAAAAAAACAACAAACAUAACUUUUUUUUUUUAACUAUCUGCUUUAUGCAUAAUGGUGUCAGACUAACAUAUAUAUUAUUUCCUUGAAGAGGCUUUAAGGCAGUUGCCCAGUUGUUGAAGUGCUGUCCUGGAGGACUGGACCUGUAAAAAUUUGUCUUUUUAUAGAAAUACUGUGGUUACUCAUCAUAACUGUUAAAUUAUUUUUUUUUUCCAACCAGUCUUUCAUUUUUCUUUUCUUUUUUUUUUUUUUAAAUCACAACAUCCUCUUUUCAUCACAUUGUUUUUUGGGUGUCCUGCCCUGUUACUAUCUUUCAACUUUAGCUGAGUGGAAUAUAUUUAGAUCUCUGCUUUAUAAUGAGAAAUGAUAGACUAAGGAAUGGAAAAUGGGAUGGUAGUAUGUGGGUACUUGGUGAUGGUCAUGAAAGAAAUUGGGAGAAUGGCUUUUCCAGACAUCUACCUUUACUUAAUUUCAAAUGAUUUAAUCUUUUGCAAAGUACUCUGCAUCUUAAAAGUAGUAGUAAAAAGUAGUGAGAGGUUGAAUUUAGACAAACAUAUGGAGGUAGAAAUAUUAUUCAGAAUAGUCAUUGUGGAAGAUUCAAUAUUACGAAUUCACAGAUAUUUAAGAAAUUUGGAACACAGUAAUUAUUAAAAAUACCAGAGAGGUCCUGGUCACGCUAUUGAAUUUUGUGUUUGACACUGAAAGAAAACAGUAACUUGAGAGUGAAAUCUCAGAUGUUUAAGUGAACAAGAAGUGUGAAAGAAGGAAAUCCCUGAAAUUAACCCCUUUUUACAAAGGAUUGUCUUCAAUUUAUGGAGUUUGUGGAAAAUAAAGCAAGAGUUCUCAUGCUUAUGAGGCCAAAGUAAUCAAUGGAAGAGAGAAUUCACUGAAUUAUUCUUUUAGUAACUCAAACUACUGAAAUAGAGAAGGAAAAAAUUUGGAAUCACUGUUUCUGGAUUUGUUUGUCAUGAAAUGCACACUGUAUUUUUUUUUUUGUAUAGUAUUUGAAAACAAUAAAAGUUCUGUAAUUUGGG